CAACUGUCGCUUCAUAGAAAACUGAUAGCAAAUUUAUUAUCCAUCCAAGUACUUCUUCGUCUAAAAAAGGAAUAUUGAGCUUUAAAAUUUUAUCUAUUACCCACCGAAAUUCUAAAUGGGCAAACGAGCUUGUGGACUUAUUAUUUUUCGCAGAUUUAAAGGGCCAGUUGAAUAUUUGUUGAUGCAAACAUCGUACGGCGAACAUCACUGGACGCCGCCGAAAGGGCAUGUGGAUCCAGGAGAAAAUGACAUGCAAACAGCUCUUCGCGAAACGGAAGAGGAAGCUGGUUUCGUUCGAGAUGAUCUGAAAAUAUUCGAAGAAGCCAAGCAAGAAAUGGAAUACCUGGUUAAGGGUAAAUCAAAAGUUGUGAUUUAUUGGCUCGCGGAGUUGAUCAAUACAAAAAAGGAUGCUCGCUUAUCCAGAGAGCAUCAAGAUUUCAAAUGGCUUCCUAUUAAGGAGGCUUGUGCCUUGGCUGGAUAUUCUGAAAUGCAAACUGCUUUAAAAGCGAGUGAUAAAUAUAUUAUUGAAAAUGUUCUUUCUAGUAAAUAGUACCUCAUUAUAUUUCUGAAAAAUGCUUGCGAUAUUUU